AACGGAAGAUCAAGUGUAGUGGCAGUUUGCAGACUAAUUUCAUAUUUUCCCAAUUUCAAAAGUUUGUGAUUGAUACGAGCAGUUUUUGUGUUAUAAAUGUUAACUGCUUGAAACUUGGCACGCGCCCCAGUCGUUCGGAACGGCUCAGGCAAUGUUACUAAGUAUAUCAGCGAAGGUGAACCAUCUAGUAGGUUAUUUGCGCACCAGUUCUAUUCCGACUGGAGGCGGGUUCAUCAGAUCAUACCAGCAACGGAACAUCCUCAAAGCUUCACCGGUAGCUGAAUCUCCACGCCAGUGCAGUCGUUGUAAUCACAGCGGUAACAGUAAUAAUAACAUCAAGAGCAGGAAUAUUUACCAGCAUCCAGAAUCACUCGCUUGUUGUCAGCAUCAUCAGCGACAGCAGCAUCGUAAUUACCAUUACUGCCGUCAGCAUCAAUACGCAGAGACAGUCACGUUCACCGAUCGAUAUCGGCUACUAUUGCGACCAGCAGCAGGUCACCGAGUGCAACGCUCCAGUGAACAAGUUUGUCACCUUUCAACCGGUAACAUCGUCAUGGCAUCCGGCGGCGAAGCAUCCAGUGGUGGUGGUGACAAGCCAAAACAUACCAAUCGUUUGAUUCACGAGAAGUCACCCUAUCUGUUGCAGCAUGCUCACAAUCCGGUCGACUGGUACCCGUGGGGCGAGGAAGCAAUCGCCCGUGCCAAAGCGGAGAACAAAUUGAUCUUCCUCUCCGUUGGCUAUAGCACCUGUCACUGGUGUCACGUGAUGGAGAAGGAAUCCUUCGAGAAUGAGGAUGUAGCGGAAAUUAUGAACGAAAAUUUCAUCAAUGUGAAGGUCGAUCGCGAGGAGCGACCAGAUAUUGAUAAACUGUACAUGACUUUCAUACUGCUAAUCAACGGCUCUGGAGGAUGGCCAAUGUCGGUUUGGUUAACACCGGAUUUGGCCCCGGUUACGGGAGGAACGUACUUUCCACCCAAAGAUCGCUGGGGAAUGCCCGGAUUCACGACCAUAUUGCUUAAGCUGAAAAUUAAAUGGGCAACCGAUAAAGAAGAUUUGGCUGCUACUGGUCUCUCGAUUAUUGAGGCCAUACAAAGGAAUGUAGAGGAAAAGCACAAGGAAGAACCGGAGCGAAUUUACACUCCGGAGGAAAAAUUCAAACAAUCCAUCGCUAUUUACAAACGGAACUUCGAUCCGGUUUGGGGAGGUUCGCUGGGUGCGCCCAAGUUUCCGGAAGUGUCAAAGCUGAAUUUAAUUUUUCAUUUGCACCUGCGGGAUCCAUCCAGCAAAAUUCUCGGUGUGGUACUGAACACACUGGACAAAAUGGCAGCCGGUGGCAUCCACGACCACGUAUUUGGAGGUUUUGCAAGAUAUUCCGUGGAUAAGAAGUGGCACGUGCCGCACUUUGAAAAGAUGCUUUACGACCAAGGGCAACUGCUGAUGGCCUAUGUGAAUGGCUAUAAAACGACCAGAAAGCAACUCUACCUGGAUGUGGCGGAUUCGAUUUUCAAUUACAUUUGCAAGGAUUUGCAACAUCCGGCUGGUGGAUUUUAUAGCGGCGAGGACGCUGAUUCGCUUCCUACCUGGGAAAGUCAGGAUAAAAUCGAGGGUGCGUUUUACGCGUGGACGUAUUCUGAGGUUCGAGAUCUAUUUAAGGCAAAUUUGGAUAAAUUUGGCGACAUGGGAAAAGUGAAUCCGGUUGAAGUCUACGCACAGCACUACGAUAUUCAGGAAACGGGGAAUGUAGAACCAAGCAGCGAUCCCCAUGGACAUCUUUUGGGUAAAAACAUUUUGAUCGUUUACGGAUCAAUCCGUGAAACAGCGGAGAAAUGUGACACCACGCCGGAAGUGGUCGUUAACAUACUGAAGGUUGGGAAUCAACUGCUGCAUGAAGUGCGAGACAAACGUCCUCGGCCGCAUCUCGACACCAAGAUCAUCUGCGCAUGGAAUGGGCUUGUUCUUUCCGGAUUGUCACAACUAGCCUGCGUUAAGGAUGCACCGAAUCGUGCGGAAUAUCUAAAAGUAGCUGAAAAACUUGUGGCUUUUAUGCGCAACAAUCUGUUCGAUGCUAAGGCGAGAAAGCUCUUACGUUCCUGCUAUGGUGAUGAAAGCGACGAAGCAAAGUCAUUGGAACAUCCCAUCUACGGAUUUAUCGACGACUAUGCUUUUCUGAUUAAAGGUCUGAUCGACUAUUAUCGUGCCUCAUUGGACAAGAGUGCCCUUUGGUGGGCGAAGGAGCUGCAGGAGAUUCAGGAUCAACUAUUUUGGGAUCAAUCUAAUGGUGCUUAUUUCUACUCGGAAGCAAAUUCCGCUAACGUUGCUGUACGACUGAAAGAAGACCACGAUGGAGCAGAACCGUGCGGUAACAGCGUGUCCGCUCAUAACCUUCUUCUGUUGGGCGACUACUUCGAGAGUGAACCCUUCCACGAGAAGGCCAGAAAAAUGUUCAAUUACUUUUCGAACGUAUCUCCUUUCGGGUAUGUUCUCCCGGAGAUGAUGUCCGCUUUGUUACUAGAUAAUUUCGGGCGUGACAUGCUGGUAGUUGUUGGUCCGGAUGGUCCACAAGCGAACGAUUUGGUAGAUGCUGUACGGGAGUUUUACAUGCCAGGAUUGAUUAUCGUACGAUUGAAUCCGAGUACACCUGAUCAGCAUUUGGCUGGUAAAACCAUUCAAAGUUUUAAAAUGGUGCAGGACGCCCCGACGGCGUACCUCUGUCACAAUAAAGUCUGUCAGUUGCCAGUUACAGAACCGGACCGUCUGACGGAGGACCUCCUGGCGAAGUAUUUAUUCGACCACGUUGAAUACGAGAAUUGAUUUUUCGAGGCCUAAGGUUCUUCGUGCGCUUCAUAAAGUAGGUAAUAAUAGUUUUUGUUACUAGCUGUGCAAUUCGAAGGAGGAACUGGUGGCCGCGUACUGAGUCAAGUAGUGUGUUGUACGUCUUGUUACGAAAGUUAAAUCAAAACGAAUGUUGAAUAGGAUAUAAUUUACCCGUCUCAUAGAAGAACAUAGUCAUACAUUUGUAAUUCAAACAGUUUAGUCAUAAAUGUUCAUAAAUGGUUUUGAAAACUGAAAAGAAACUAAUUCUAAAUCUCGUCAAAAAAAAAAACUAGAACACCGAAACAAGAAUAUCAUUACAGCCUCUAUUACAGUAGUAAACCAAUUUUAAUCAACAAUUUCUUCUAGCGUUAUCAUAAUAAUAAUCAUUUUAAUCAAAACAUAUUAUAUUCACAAAACACCCAUGUAUAUAGCAAAUCAGCAAGUUUAAAAGCGCACGAAAAUAAGUUUCUAAAACAGUGAUUUGAAGGGGAAGAGAAAAUACUCUAAUUGAACUAAGCAAACGACAUGUGAUCUAAGGUGAUGAAAUGCGCACCAGAUGAAAUAAAAACAAAUCAGUAGUGCCAAUAUUUGGUCGAUAAAGAAUAUCACGGUGGGGUGGAGGCAAGCUAGCUCAGAAUGGUUCAAAACAAAAAGAAACGGAAUUGUUUUAGCAUUAGAUGAGAAGAACUCUGGUGGCACCGCAAUAAUCAUCUUACAAAAAAUAACAGUACUAAUAAA